UGAAUUGUGAAUUUGAAUAUAAAAUAACUUCAAUAAUAUUGUGAGGUCUUUUUGACUGCGUUUUUUUAAGUUUUUUGUUUAAAUAAUUAGUUUAAUCAUUGCAGCCGAAAACGUUUCAAUUAGUUGUUGAGCUUUCGUCGAGUAAUUAGCGCUCCUAGUGAUUUACUCAAGUACAUAUCAAUACUUUUUAAUCAAGUGAUAAGCAGAGUCCUGACACCUUAACGAAUCCGUCUUGUUAAGAAAUUAAUUCUAAAAAUGAGCCCUGAAAAAAAAGCAUGGAUUAAACCAUUUUUUCAAGAUAAGGUUUCAUCAAUACCUAAACCUACAGUAAAUAAGCAACCUAAACCCAUAAAAAAUGUUAAAAGACAGCAUUCACAAAGCAAUUGUGUUAAAUCAAGCUGGUGUGAUAAAUAUGCUCCUCAAAAUGUAUCUAACUUGGCAGUUCACUCUGGUAAAAUAAAAGAAAUAAAACAGUGGUUUGGUAGCCUGAAAAAUUGUAGAUCAAACAAAUUCCUUCUUGUAACUGGACCUUCAGGUUGUGCCAAAGCAACUACAAUUCGUUUAGUAGGCAAAGAAUGUGGAUUUAUGUGUGUGGAAUGGGUAACACCUAUAACAAUUGACUCUAUUUACGAUCAAUGUAGUGAAAACUUUUAUUAUGAAAGUGUACAAGAUAAAUUUCAAGAUUUUAUAUGGGGUGCCACUAGAUAUAAAAGUCUUAAUUGUAACAGUUCUAAUGGUCAGUUUUUAUUAAUCAAAGAUUUACCAAACAUAUUCUUAGAUAAACCAGAUGAAUUUCAAGAUAUUAUGACAAGGUUUAACACAGUGUCGUCAUUUCCUAUAGUUUUUAUUAUUAACAAUGAAAAAAUUAUAAGAGAUUUGUUUCCUAAUGAAAUAUUUGAGAAACUUCAAGUGAAGCAAAUAAAAUUUAAUCUUGUUACAAGAAAAUCAGUAUUAUCUGUUCUUGAACAAAUAGUUAAGGCUGAAAAACAAAAAAAUUCUCUCAUAAGAUUACCAAGUACUUCUGAAAUGAAUAACUUAUAUGAUGAAACUAAUGGUGAUUUAAGGUCCUCAAUCAUAAAUUUAAGCUUUCUUUGUAUGAAUAUCCAAAAUAAAAUUACUAAAACUUCUCUUAAGUCUAAAGAUGAAAACCUUGAUUUAUUUCAUUCAGUUGGUAGGGUCAUAUACCCUAAAAAAGAAAUAGUAAAGUCUCCUCUCCAGUUUAAGUUUACAUAUAAUCCAGAUUAUAUUGCUGAAAAUUUUGCAAUGCAACCAAAUACUGUUUUAGGUUUUCUCCAAGAAAACUAUUUAUCUCGUUUUUCAAAUUUAAAUGAUGUGUGUGAAGGAGCAGAUGCGAUAAGUGUUGCUGAUGUUAUUAUGAAUUCAAGUUUCAAAUUUGGUGUAUCUAUUUAUGAAAUUAGUCUAUCUUCACUAUCAGUAGCAGUUCGUGGACUUAUGCUAGCUAAUAAAAAUCCUAUUAAAACAUUUAGAGCUAUUAUUAAGCCUAAACAUUUUCAAUAUAAUAACGAUGUACAAAUUUAUAGGGAUGUAAGAGAGUGGUAUCAUGAUUCACAUGAAUCACCCAAAGAUAUAUUGUUAGAUAUCAUGCCAUUUGUAAAAGCACUAGGAACUAACCAACAAAAAGAUAUUGCUCUUGAAAGGUGGAACUUCAAAAAACAUUUUUGAUGUCCAUAAAUAUUUACAAUGAUUAAAAAAAAAAAUCACAUUUGAUUUGUUAUUAUUGUUAAAUUUAAAUAAUUGUUUACAAAUUUUCUAUCAAAAUAUAAAUAGUUUAUUAUACUACUAUGAA